GACAACUUUUUCAGCAGCUAAUGAGCAUAAAGUCUAUGGUUGGUGACGAAUUAACGUUAUAUUUACCAGGCGUAAACAAAAACAAAUAGCAGCGGAGCGGAGCUGUAUUUAAGAUUUUUAACAUGCUAGCCGGCUAACAGUUUGCUGUCAUCUCUAUAAUGUUAGGUUAACGUAAAGAAGACAAAUGAGUAUAUGUUAACAGGCGAAGUUGAAGAGAAACGAAUUAAAUGAGUAUCGAGACAAUUUCAUAACCUUACUUCAUCUGCCUUCAGCGCUAACGUUACACACCUGUGAGACGAGGGAGUGGUCACUGCUGACAGACCACCUAUACUUUAGUUCAAGCUAGCUAAAGCUAGGUUGAUGACUGUCAACUGUCUAAUAUCAACAUGAAAGCGUCUGAAGUGUAUGAUACGCACCCCAAUAUAAAUCAUCAAUUAAACGGUAUUUGUUACUAAGUUGUGUAGCAGUUAUGUUUUGAUGGAAUGGGAGCUAUAGGCUGCUGUGAAUUACAGGAUGUCACUAAAUACACGUUCUAAUAUGAUAGAUGUGUGUAAUUAGACAAGGUGAAAACACCUGUGUUGUUGGACCAUUUUUGAGUAGUGCCUCUGAGGUUGUGAUAUUCAGUUUCAGUGAACCUGAAGUGCUUCAAAGUGCCGAAACAACUGAAUUUAUCCAGAUAAUGAACAACGCAAGAGGAUGUUUGUGUGCGCUGCCAAAAUCCUACAACAAACUCUGUUGAUGUAACGUUGUGUUCAACGUGGCAUUUGUAACAUUCCCAAACACUGCAGUCAGACAAAACAUGUUGCUCGUCAGUCAGAAAAACAGUUAUAAAGCAAUGGCUGCCAAAAUGUUUUGAGUUAUCAGCUUGAAAUGUGUCCGAGUCCCUUCAGUACAUGGGAGGAUGGGAACAGAGUGACAUCAUGGAUCAGACAAAGAAGGAGAGGCUUAUGGCAAAUGUAGGCCAUUGUUCCACUGCAAAGUCCUAAUCUCUACAUAGGCUGUUAGUGACCUCAGAGGCAUGAGGAACUUCUCAUGCAGCAUGGAAGUUGGUGCUGAACAACUGACUUAAACUGAAAUGCCUUGAGGGGGAGAUGACAAAGGAGGAUGUUUCAGAGCGUGUCGAGGGAGACGCUGUGCUGGGCUGGGCCUCCUCCCAUCAGCGACCAGUUAUCCACCAGGUGGCCUCUGCACCCAUGCCCAGUGACUGCGAGUUCUCCUUCUUUGACCCCAGUGAGCCGCAGUGCAGAGAGGUUCUUCUGGAUCCCAGCACCACCAUACCAGAGCUGUUUGCUGUCCUCAGGCAGUGGGUGCCACAGGUUCAGAAGAACAUCCACCUUAUUGGCAGCGAGAUCCUGAAGAGAGGCUGCGGUGUGAAUGAUCGAGAUGGCCUGACUGAUAUGAGCCUCUUGCACUACUGCUGCAAAGCGGGAGCUCCGGGUAUAGGUGAUGCAGAGACGGCAGCCAGCUUUGCUCGCCAGCUCCUCGCCCUGGGUGCUGAUCCCAACCUUCGCUCACGCUGGACCAACAUGAGGGCCCUGCACUACGCUGCCUACUUCGACGUGCCGCAGCUUAUCCGGGUGGUGUUGCAGUCCUCCCAGCCUGGAGAGGUAGAUGCCACCUGUAGUGACUUUGACUUUGGCACCGCCCUGCACAUUGCUGCCUCCAACCUGUGCCUGUCAGCUGUCAAAUGUCUCUUGGAGCUGGGAGCCAACCCUGCGUUCAGAAAUGAAAAGGGGCAGUGCCCAGCAGACGUGGUGCCUGAUCCCCUCGACAUGCCCUUAGAGAUGGCGGAUGCAGCUGCUGUGGCCAAAGAGCUCCUGACUUUGCUGAGACAGGCUUUACCCAGACCCAGCUCACCUAUGCCCCUCACACUGCAAGCCCAGUCCCUUCCCGUUCUCUCCGAUAAGGCCAGGAUACAGCUCGCCACCAUGGGAAUCCGACUGGGCGAUCGUGUGGUGAUUGCUGGACAGAAGGUUGGAACCCUGCGAUUUUGCGGCAGCACUGAGUUCUCUGGAGGCCUCUGGGCUGGAGUGGAGCUGGACAAACCGGAGGGGAAGAACGAUGGCUCAGUGGCGGGGGUUCAGUAUUUUACCUGUCGAAUGAAACAUGGAAUCUUUGCUCCCCUUUCUAAGAUAAGUAAACCUUUGGAAAGACAUAAAACCAGCACCACAAAGACGUCUACACCCAUACGCCCCCCACGCCGCAUCGACCUGUCCCGCAUCACUUCCAAGAUAAACACAGGUGUUCUCUCCCGCUCUCUCUCCUCUUCAUCGUCUUCACUGGACUCUCGGCAUGGGCCGGGUGUCCGACUUCAUCCACUGCCAAGGCAGCGUCUACCUGCCAGGCCGCGAAGGCAGCGUGUUUCACUGGGUCCGGGGACCACGCCCUCCCCAGUCCUCCGCUCCUCUCCUGAUACCACGGCCCUUACUUCUGCAGGUCCUCGAAGUCGAACACCCUCAGCUAGCAGCUCUGUGGGUGGAGGCCCCGAGGUGCACCUGGGGGAGAGGGUGCUGGUGGUAGGUCAGAGAACUGGUGUAGUCCAGUUCUACGGAAAGACGAGCUUUGCUCCAGGGCUCUGGUUGGGCAUCAGACUGGACAAGCCAAAUGGUAAGAAUGAUGGAUCGGUGGGAGGAGUGAGGUACUUCAGCUGCCCUCCAAAACAUGGCGUCUUUGCACCUCCAUCUCGAGUUCAAAGGAUCCAUGGAUCUGUCGAUUGCCUUUCAGAGCUCUCGUCGUCACCCCUCAGUCAUCCUUUCAGUGGGACAAUCCGUCGCAGCUUCAGCACUUCAUCAGCCAUUGCCACCCCGAAGGAAACGAGCAGAAGAAGUCCUGCUAACAGAAGUCGAUCCAACCCUCAACGUCGGCGCUGGAGCACCCUCAGCAGUGGUGUCAAUGUCCCUGGGAGCACAACGGGGUCCAGCCCCUCGCCCAGCUCUGGUGGACAGGUCUGCCUCCACGUGGGCAUGCAGGUCCUGCUCAGCAGUGCCAAUGAGAUGGCGUUCAUCCGUUACCUGGGCACGGCGGACUUUGCCCCCGGCCUUUGGCUGGGCCUGGAACUCCGAAGUCCCAAGGGCAAGAACGACGGCUCUGUUGGCGGCCGCCGUUAUUUCACCUGUCGUCACGCCCAUGGCGUGCUGGUUCGCCCCAGCCGCGUCACCUACCGUGGCAUCAACGGUUCUCGUCUGGUUAGCGAAAAGACUUGAGGACUGUAGGAACCAGAGAAGAGCUAAUAUUUUGAGUUUUAAGUUCAAACUUCUUGUUCUUUUUUUAAUUGCACAGAAUUUUCUCAUUCAUAGUUAGUCUUCUGUGCUUUUCUGCUUAUAAAACUUUGAAAUAGCUCAGAUUUAAACUACUACGUUUAGUUUCUGGAAAGAUGUAGGAAGCAAAGAAAGCACUUUAUAGAAUUAAAUUUAAAUUCUUAUUAGAAUUUGUCUUGGCUGGAUGCAGGGGAACAAAAGUCUUAAUAGGACAUAAAACACUGCACUACUUUUAAUCUGAUUGCACCGAUAAACAGUAUGAUAGAUCAGGUAAGAUAAACUGGAUGGCAUGGAUGUGUGCACAUGGAAAAUGUUUUCUAUACCCAAAGCUAAUCACAUCAAAUAAAGAUUUUUAUCAGAUAAUUUAGGUGGUAAUGUAGUCUACUCUCUAACCAAAAGUGUGCAUGUGUUUGUGAUUAUGUGCGCGUGUGCAUGUGUGUAUUAAUUAAGAGCACUUUGAGACAAGAGAGAUUGAUUUUUUUUUUUUUUUUCCAGGGUCGUCAUAGGGCUUGCCGAUAAUUCAUGGAAGCAGACUCAAAACUGGCUUUUCACUUCAUGAAUAGAUAUAAGUGAAAGCAAAAGUGAAUUAGGCUUAGAUCUCUAUCAGCCUCCAUCAGAAUACGCACGAUUCUGUUGUUUAGUCCUAUUUAGUCCUACAUGCUUUACAUCACUCCCUGCCACAGAUUGUCUGUUAGGCCUACAUGGAUAAAUGAUGAUUAUAUCAUGCUAAAUGCAGAAGAAAGCUUACAUUUUGCCCCUUUGGCUACAUAUGAUUCUAAGUCAAGCUGGGAACAAACUUACAGACUUCUGUUGGGGUUGAGGAUUUCAAUUUUUACAUCCCGAAUCUGAAAACCUAUGAAUGUGAUCCUGUUGUACCAGAUGUACCAGCUUUUCUUUACAGCGUGGUAUCAUUACAUUUGUUGAAGACCACAUUUUAGUAUCUGAUGCUUGAUUAAAGUAGCUUGACGCAGGAAAUAUGCAACCACCCGGAAGCUUCAGGGUUAGACUUUGCUAUUUGAUUAGAGCUGUCUGAGCAACUCAGCAGAGAACAGGCCAUCGAUUGUGCAUGUGGAAAACAGGCCCACUGUUCAGUAAAACACUCGUGUACCAUCCAAUUAGGGCAUGUAGGCCACAACAGCGGCGGUAGAAUCUCGAAUGGCCUUCUCUCAUUGAUCUGUCUGGUCAGCCCCCCCUGUGAUUGAAAAGCAAUGGUGGUCAGAGCCCAAGGUUCCCUGAAAUAUCCACAGAUCCAAAGCCUGGAACGAGCAAGCAUUUAAAAAGCGCAGCCUUUCCACGUUCCUAUUGAAACAUUUUAAUCAACAGACUGUUCUUUAAAAAUAGCUUCUCAUUUGCAUUAAGGCCAACUCUGUGAUAAUCUCUGUGGCAUUUGUUAGUGUUCCACAUUUCACAUCCUUCAUAUUUUGAUGUAUCUCCAAUCCCAGUUGUAUUGCAGAAUGAGUGAUUUCAAAUUCCACUGAUGGGUAUGAAAGUCUUUUGGCGCUAUGUUCUUGUGGAUAAUAGGUGAUAGAUUGUUUUUUCAUGAAAUUCCUGUUGUGUAUAUUUGAAUUGUGUUUGAGAGAAAGGGAUUUGGUUUGAUGCAUUUACAUGUUGUGAAAAAAUAACAGUAUUUGUAUAAAAUAAAAUAUUCUAUUAUAAUUUGAC